ACCCAUUAUUCCAAACCUCCCUUCUCCUCCAAAUCCAACCAUCCUCCCUCUCUCUCCCUCUCUCUCUCUCUCUCUCUCUCCAUCGCCUGAACACAACAAAAAAAAUGGAACCGCCGCCACCGCCGCUCGACUUCGACGCCGACCACCACUCCUCAACCCACCAACUAAACAUGGACAACCUCGUCGCCGUCAAGGUCCUCGGGCAGGGCGCCAUGGGGACGGUCUUCCUGGUCCACGACCGGGCCGCAUCCGGCCCAUCCGCCGCCAGCCCAUACGCCCUCAAGGUCGUCGACAAGGCCCAAUUCCUCCACUCCCACUCCCGGUCCGACGCCGAGCGCCGGGCCCGCUGGGAGAUCCGGGUCCUGACCCGACUCGCCCGCUCCCGCCACCCGUUCCUCCCUCGUUUAGUCUCCUCCGCCGAGACCCCCGAAUUCCUCGCGUGGGCCCUCCCCUUCUGCCCCGGCGGAGACCUCAACGUCCUCCGCCACCGCCAAAACGACCGCGUUUUCUCCCCCGCCGCCGCCAGGUUCUACCUGGCGGAAAUCCUCUGCGCGCUGGAGCACCUCCACGAGCUGGGGAUCGUCUACCGGGAUCUCAAGCCGGAGAACAUUCUGAUCCAGCAGUCCGGUCACGUGACCCUCACGGACUUCGACCUCUCCCGAUUCCUCGGCCGGAGGAGGAGGAAUCGAAGUACGGCCAAGUCAGAAGUUGAAAUUAGAGCCAAAUCGACGGACGCCGGCGAUUUCCUCCCUCCGAGGAAGAGCAGAGUGGCGCGGUGGUGGAUGCCGGCGGCGGUGGUCCCCGUCGGCGACGAGAAGGGUUUGUUGAAGAAGACGAAUUCGGCGAGGAUUGCUCCGGUGAGCCACCGGAGGAAGGAGGCAGAGGGAGAGAGGUCGAAUUCGUUCGUCGGGACGGAGGAGUACGUGUCGCCGGAGGUGGUGCGAGGGGAAGGUCACGAGUUCGCCGUCGACUGGUGGGCCCUGGGGGUUUUGCUCUACGAGAUGGUGUACGGGACGACGCCGUUUAAGGGGAGGAACCGGAAGGAGACGUUUCGAAACGUGUUGAUGAAACGGCCGGAGUUCGUCGGGAAGCUGGGGAAGGAUCUGACCGACCUGAUCGAGCGGCUGCUGGAGAAGGACCCGGCGAAGCGGCUCGGGUACGCGGACGGAGCGGCGGAGAUCAAGGGGCACGCAUUUUUUAAAGGGGUGAGGUGGGACCUACUGACGGAGGUCUGCCGGCCGCCGUUUAUUCCGUCACGGGACGAGACGGAAGGGUCGUGCCCGGGGAUGAUGCCGGCGGCGGCGGGGGGUGUGGAUAUAAGGGAGUAUUUCGAGAAGCUGAGGGCGCCGCCGGUGUCGCCGUUGUGGUCGCCGUCGUCGGAGUUUCAUAGAAAUGUUUCGCUGGCAGAGUUCUGACCACCACCACGCACGUGCGGCGGAGGCCCACGUGUAAGGGAUAUAUAUAUAUAUAUAUAUAUGAAUUAGUUUAGUUUAGUGUAUUAUUCUCAUUAUUAUCUCUCUGUAGUUCUGUGUACAUAAAAUAAUUGCGUCGGUUUAAAACAGAAUUGACAUAUAUAUUAACCGGGCACAGUUAAAAAAAGUUACUUAUGAUUAGUUGCUAAUGACCUGCCUUCUCUCCAAAAAUAGACUUUCAACUCUUAACGUUGUCGAACCAGAAUAUUUGUUUCUCUAAUUGAUGUUUUAUAUAUCAUUUGCAAACAAAAAUGUUAUUGCCCACAAGAAAUCAAUAUGGGAAGGUAUCAACCAGUAUAUUAAAGUUAUUGUAUGAAGGUUAGCGUUGAUUAUCUUUCUAUAGGAGACUUCCUAACAGGAAAUUAUAGAUCGAGUCAGUAUAUAAAUA